CAUUGAUUUCAGUUUGCUAUACCCAAACAUGCAAAACUUGCUUUUUCUCAAUGGGAUAACUUUAAAUCAAAGAUUUUCGGUUAUUAUAUGGAAAACAUAACAAAUGAGUACUGCAAGAAGCUGCUAACUCAAAUUUGCGAGACUUCCCACGUUGACACGAAGGAUUAUCUUUACACAAUUCUUCUCAAUGCUGUCCUUCCAACGACUUGUCGUUUUUCGGAUCAUAUGGGAAAAAAAAUCAGGAAGGAAACAAUUUCGGAUUGUCAGGAGAGCAUGGUCCUCAAAUUAACCAAUCUGAACAACUACCAGACUAAAAUCAAUACGAUGAUAAGCAAAUACUACAACGCAGGAAUGAAGUUGCAGCCACUUUUAAUAGUGGAAGGAUUGGAGGAUUCGGACAUAAAAUCAUUUUAUGUUUAUUUUGAAAAACGAUUGGUAAAGUUUUCUUCAUUCUUAGAAAGUUUUACUAUGUGCUUCAAACUUUUCCAAGUGGAAAAAUUUUUUUUUAACCUUGACAUAAUCUAAGAUUCAAAAUCCUCAUCUCUUGCUUUGCUACUGAACUUUUUAAAAUCAUCUUUAUCUGUAUUAUUAUUACAACCUUUUUCGACUUAUCAAAAUAAAGCCAAAAUGUUUGUUUGCUUUAAAUGUUUCAAUUCUUUCGAUACUCCUCGAGAUUUGGUGAGCCAUUUCCGAAAAGUGCAUUGCUUAAAUAAAACCGCUUCAGUUCGUUGUAACUGUCAUCAAAUUUUUACAAGCCCCUAUACCUUUGGAACUUUGAACAUUUUUGAACAGCAACCAACUGUGAUUGAACCGGCUUCCAUUUCUUCUGAGUCUUUCUUUUGAAAAUUUUGUUGAAGUCGACAAUGAAAUUAUUUUUUGCUUCUCAUCGGGCGGAUAUGAUGAUAUUGUUAGCAACAUUAGUUCUACAGCUUCCCUUAAUAAUUUGGUUGACUUAAAAACCAAAGCUCUUUUGCUAUCAAUGGAAAUGUCUGACUUAAACUCGAUGCCCCGAAAACAUGUAUCUAAAUCACAAAAUAUGAUUUUAACCAUUUUA